AUGAUUGUAUUAAAACUUUGUGUGUUUAUGUUACUUAUAUCAUUGUUCCAAUGUAGAUUACCUGACAAAGUUUAUUGUGUAAAUGAAAAAUGCACUGAGCCUAUUUCUAAAGCCAAAACACUUUUAAACUAUAAUAGUGACGACCCAGACCUUAUCUCGUUUCCUGCUAAAUCUGAAGCAAUUGUGUAUAUGAAAUCAGCUGGUAGCAAUCCCGAAUUAUGGUAUGCUAAAAUUAAUGGUAAAUCAGGAUUCGUUAAUUCACAAUUUUUAAAGGAGUCUAAAAUAAUUGUAAAGAAUCCUCAAUUUAUUGUUCCUAUUGAAAACAAUUUUAAGACAGAUGUUCAGCCAGAUAAAGUACAACAGCCUCAUGAAGUUUUUGAAGGCACUACCAUUUUCACAACUGAAACGGCAAGUAAAAAUAUACUAGAAAAAAAUAUUACAGAAAAUCCUGGUAAUAUAUUUAAUGAAGGUGUUUCAUCUCAAUUAAGUACAAUUAAGGAAACACAGAAUGUAAGCACUGAUAAAAAUGAAAAAUUAGCCCAAUUUAAUAAUGAUAAUAAGAAUCAUCAAUCUGUUAAUACAGAAACAGUCCCUGUUUCAAAUAUUUCAGCAGAAGAUAAUUCCGAAAGUAAAAAUCAAAUUAUGCAAGAAAUUGCUGCAGAUAAUAUAGAAGAUGAAAUAAAAAUAGAGAAAUCUAUGAGUAAUAAUGUACCGGUUGCUGAUGAUCUUAAUGAAAAUGUAAUAGAGAAUUUAAAUAUAAAUAAACAAAAUAUAAAUAGUAAACAUGAAACAACUGCUGAAAAUAUAGAUAAUUCAUCAGAAAAUAAAGAAGAUAUUGUUGUACCUUCUUUAAAGGCAAAUAUUAAAAACCUACCUGACGCAAGCCAAAAAUCAGAUAUUGCUAAUAUUACUGUCCAAUUAGAUUCUACCACUGAAAGGAUUAUCCAGGAAACAUCCCCUGAUGUUAAUAUGGACCAAAAUGAACAGAUUUCUAAUUUCCAAAACUCUAAUAUGAAACCUUUAGGACCUGUUUCUGAGACAUUUCCUUCAUUGCAAAAAGAAAAUGUAGAAUCAAAUGAAAAUGUGUCUUCCAAUAGCACUUCAGAAAACUCUAUUGAUAACACUGUUCUUCCACAAACUCCACCAAUACCAGAAAUUGGAGAGAGUGUUCAAAAAAAUACUCUUGUACCAAAACAAAAUAUUGAAAACUUAGAUAAUAAUUCGCAUGUACAAAUAGAACCUCAUAUCGUGCCAUCCAACAAUAAUGAAAAUCAGAAUCAACAUGUGAAUGAACAGCCUGAAGUAUCUUACACCCAUGACAACAGUCAUAAUAUUAUUUCAAACAACAUUCCUAAUCAAGAUAAUAAUGUCAUAAAUGAUUUUCAAGGUGAACCAUCACUAUCAUCUUCAAAUUUAAAAACAAUCCCAGCUGCUUCUGUUGACAUGUUGAAUGAAAUAUCAGAGGCAACAGAAUCAAAUAAUCAAAUUGCUCCAUCGCAAAAUAUAAUGGAAUCAACAACAGAAUACCAACCGCCCAAUAUGGUUACAGAUGAACUCACUACACAACCAACAACUUAUUCUGAAAACUUAGAGGGAGCUUCAACUGUUACUAUUCCUUCUGAAAACAUAGAUGAUACUGUUACACCUAAUUCUAAUAUAGAUGCGUCUGCCUCGUCAUCUACUGAAAUGAAUAUAGAGGAUUUGUAUUCUAUGGCUACUGAGAGUCCUGCUACUAGUCAAGAAAAUAGUGAAAGUAUUCUAUCAGAUAUGUACUCAACUAUAGCAGAUUUCUUGCCCUCAACAACCGAGUCUCCUCCUCAUUUUGAAAACUUGUUCAAUGCUGAUGUAAAUCCUCCACCUGAACCAGAAAACAAAGAAUUUUCCAUUAUGCAGUAUAUUAUUUCUACUUAUAAUAAUGUGAUGGGUACCAAUGAAAAAACAAGAGCACUCUUUGCUUCUGCUGGGGAAACAUGUUUUACAGAUGAAUAUUGUGACGGAGAAAGUUUUAGCCAGAAACAUAGGUUACUGACUUUCCUUGUGACAACUGCUGGAACUGUGCUACUGUUUACAUUGGGAUAUUACUAUAUUGAGAAUAAACGACAAGAUAGCAAACUUAUUGGCACAAUUAAUUCUUUGCAAAGAGACUUACUCUUUAGCACAAAGGAGUGUGAAAUUCUUAAAGAGGAACUUGCCAAUACCAAAAGUAAAUUAGCUGGCAUUGAAGAUAGUUCGUUUGGAAUGGAUGAUAUGGUACAAUCACUAAAGGAGGAGAUCAGUGAACUGAAGGUGCAGAAUGAGAGAUUACGAAAUUCUUUAGACGAUAAUGAAAAGCUUUUAAGAGUGUCCGAAAAUACUGCUAGCGAAUUACAGAAUACAUUGAGUGAGGUUGAGAAUACUCUAAGUGAACUCUGGUCAGAGAGAGCUCAUUUUGAAGAGCAAAUUGCAGAAUUAAAUGGAAAAAUACAAGCUUUCGAAGAGGAAUUAAUUUCAGUAAGUAGAGAAAGGGACAAUUUCCAAUUGAAAUUUGUAUCAGCUGAGACAUCACUAGACGAGUUUAAAAAGCAAAAGAAGCAGUUUGAAGAAAUUAACAAUAAACUAUCUGAAGCAAAUAAUACAAUUGAAUUACAAAAACAUGAAAUUGAAGCUCUCAAAGAUGUAAUUAAAGAACUAAAGAGUGGUGUUACGUCAAAUGUAGAUGCUGCAUCUCUGAUAGAUCAUACUGAAAUCAAAGCCAAAUUAUCUAAAGCACUGGAGGAGAGACAGUCAUAUAUGAGUAAAUAUGAGAUAGAACAUAAGGAAAGAGUCCGUCUUACAGAAGAGCUUCAGACGGCUCAGGAAUCCUUCCGCACUUCCAGUCAACAAGCAGCAGAGGCUCUCACAAGGCUAGAAGUCCUUGGCAAAUAUUUCCAAGAAAGAGAAAGUGAACUAAUGAAAGAAUUGAAUGCUAAAGAAUCACUGUGGCUCAGCAAACAAGGCGAAUCAGCAAGCACCAUAGAGAAAAUAGAGCUUUUACAACAAGAACUUCAAAGAUACAAAGAGAAAUGCGACGCGUUAACACUGGAGUUGGCAGAAGCGGAGUCGACGCGGCGCACGGCUGUAAGUGAGGUGGAGGCGCGAGCGCACGCCGCGUGGCUGGAAGCCAGAGCGGCGCGCCGGGAAGCGGACGCGGCGCGUGACGACGCCGCGGCUCUGCGUCGCAAGCUGGCCUCCCUUACCGCGGCCGACGGCGCCGCCUCUCCACACAGACAAGUAUCUUCCCCGUUAGAGGGCGUAGAUGGUCCAGUAAUACCACCGCCACUGCCACCGCUGGCUUUCUUGCCCCCACCGUUGCUACCACCGUUGCCACGACCACCGCCACUGGGGAGACUGCCUUCACCCCACCCACCUAGGUAUAGCGACCGACGCUAUUCGCCGGAGAGUCGCUAUUCGCCAGAGAGUAGGUACUCGCCGGAGAGCCGCUACUCGCCGGAAACGGUGCGAUACACGCCGGAUAGCCGCUACUCACCGCGCAGUCGUCGUUCUCCGUACUCGCCGCGUUCCAGGAGACGAUCGAGAGAGAGGUAUACGGAAGGGCGUGGAUCCCGCACACGUAACGGACCGCCCGACACCGAGACAGAGUAUAACUCGGAUAGCCCUACCCGACAGCCGCGCCGCCGCUCUAGAUACUCCAGGCACUCAGGUCCCAGUUCAGGAUCAGGGUGCUCAUCGGAAUCGGAUAAGUGA